CAUAGCCUCUUUUAUUCUUCAAACAGAUUUUAAUACUUCUUUAAAUUCAAUAUUUCCAUUUCUUUUUACGCAAACAAAAAAAUGGAGAACCAAAAGCAACACCAAGCUGCUUACAUGAGGAGAAGCCUCUUGGACCAGGGAUACCUUGAUGAACAAUUUAUUCAUCUUGAAGAAUUGCAAGAUGAUGCAAACCCUAACUUUGUUGAAGAAGUUGUCAAGCUAUUUUACACGGAUUCAGCCAGAUUUAUUCGCAAUAUUGAACUUGCACUGGAAAAUGGACCCUGUGAUUUUGCUAGGCUGGAUAAUUUGAUGUACCAAUUCAAGGGUAGCAGCUCAAGCAUUGGUGCCACAAGAGUAAAAAGACAAUGUUCUCAGUUUCAGGAAUAUUGUAAUGCAAAAAAUAUAGAAGGGUGCAAGAACACAUUCCAAGGAGUGAAACAAGAGUAUGCUACUCUAAAGACUAAGCUUGAGGCUUACUUUCAGGUCUCUCUCUCUCUAAUAAGAUACAUAGGCAACUACUCUAAAGACUAAGCUUGAGGCUUACUUUCAGAUGGAAAGGUAAAGCUUCAGCUAAUGUUUGAUGUCCAAAGCAGCAUCAGAUUCGAAAUGAACAAGCCCCUCAUGGUCUUCCCUCAAGUAGCUUUAUAAGGAUAUUGCUGCAUUUAUAUAAAUGAUAUAUAGAAUCUUCUUAUUAUGAAAUAAUAUUAACAAUAUGGUACUGAAAAAUGUCAGCCAUUCUGUUGUAUAAACCCUGUCAAAGCUUAUUAAUGCAAAGUUCAUGUUUCCAAU